UAUUAUUUAUUAUUAUACUUAAUGAUGGUGAUGAUGAUGAUGAUAAUGACACUGAUGAUUUUUAACCGGAUUAAAAUCGAGUUUUUCUGAAUGUUCAUAAGAAUUUCUCCGGCCUCCUGAUUGACUUUGGAGUUUUGCAUCUUGGGAGAGAAAGUGAAGGCAUUAGCAUUUUUAAGUGGAUUGAUCGCAUAAACCUUUUCUCUCCCAACCCCCCCCCCACCCUCCCCUCCCCUCCCCUCCCCUCCCCUCCCCUCCCCUCCCCUCCCCACCCUCAUCCCCUUCCCCACGCUCGAAAGAAUUUUACUGGCUGUUAAGUCUGUGACCUUAUUUUUCCUGAUCUUUAACUUAACUGUUUUAGAGCAUCUCUGGACGUCGUCUGUAUUUUUAAUUUUUUUAUUUUUGUUUUUUUUAUUUUUAAUCUUUCAUUUGUUAAAUUUUUAAACUGUGCUGCAAUAAAAUGUGUGUGGUACUACUUAACACCUAAGUUGGUGAUGGCAUUUUCCCAGAAAGCCAUCUCCCUCCUGUUUCCCUUGAAAUCCCAUCCUGCUUUUCCUGUACACUACCCCUCACAAACCACAAGCUGCAGCAACAUGGAUGCCCAGCCUGGAGCAGCAGCAGCCAGGAUGACCUGGAGCCAGGGGGGCCUUCGGAACAGAUGCACACCCUUCCUGGGUGAUGGUAAGAGUUUUUCAGCUUUGUGAGGCACCUUACCAUCAAAGACAAUGGCCAGCAAUGUUACCAACAAGACGGAUCCUCGCUCCAUGAACUCCCGUGUAUUCAUUGGGAAUCUCAAUACUCUUGUGGUCAAGAAAUCUGAUGUGGAGGCAAUCUUCUCGAAAUAUGGCAAAAUCGUGGGUUGCUCUGUUCAUAAGGGUUUUGCCUUCGUUCAGUAUGUUAAUGAGAGAAAUGCCCGGGCUGCUGUGGCAGGAGAGGAUGGCAGAAUGAUUGCUGGCCAGGUUUUAGAUAUUAAUCUGGCCGCAGAGCCAAAAGUGAACCGAGGAAAAGCAGGUGUGAAACGAUCUGCAGCGGAGAUGUACGGGUCAGUACCAGAACACCCUUCUCCGUCCCCUCUACUCAGCUCCUCUUUUGACUUGGACUAUGACUUUCAACGGGAUUAUUAUGACAGGAUGUACAGUUACCCAGCACGUGUUCCUCCUCCUCCUCCUAUUGCUCGGGCUGUAGUGCCCUCAAAACGCCAGCGUGUAUCAGGAAACACCUCACGAAGGGGCAAAAGUGGCUUCAAUUCUAAGAGUGGACAGCGGGGAUCUUCUAAGUCUGGAAAGUUGAAAGGAGAUGACCUUCAGGCCAUUAAGAAGGAGUUGACUCAGAUAAAACAAAAAGUGGAUUCUCUACUGGAAAACCUGGAAAAAAUCGAAAAGGAACAGAGCAAACAAGGAGUAGAGAUGAAGAAUGAUAAGUCAGAAGAGGAGCAGAGCAGCAGCUCCCUGAAGAAAGAGGAGACUAAUGUGAAGAUGGAGUCUGAGGGGGGUGCAGACGACUCUGCUGAGGAGGGGGACCUACUGGAUGAUGAUGAUAAUGAAGAUCGGGGGGAUGACCAGCUGGAGUUGAUCAAGGAUGAUGAAAAAGAGGCUGAGGAAGGAGAGGAUGACAGAGACAGCGCCAAUGGCGAGGAUGACUCUUAAGCACAUAGUGGGGUUUAGAAAUCUUGUCCCAUUAUUUCUUUACCUAGGCGCUUGUCUAAGAUCAAAAUUUUCACCAGAUCCUCUCCCCUAGUAUCUUCAGCACAUGCUCACCGUUGUCCCCAUCCUUGUCCUUCCCAUGUUCAUUAAUUCACAUUGCCCUGCGCCUAGUCCCGUUUUCACUUCCUUUGAUGCUCCUAGUAGUUCUGUUAAGUCUUACCCUGUAAUUUUUGCUUUUAAUUUUGAUACCUCUUUAUGACUUAACAAUAAAAAGGAUGUAUGGUUUUUA